UUCAGGAUCAAACAGGAAUCGUAGAUCUACAGUUUGUCUUCAUUAGUGAAUUUAUCAGUGUGGGCUGAUAUAACUUGAUCAGCAGCACAGAUCUUUCAUUAUAAGUUUUAACUUGGGUAUCUUUUCUCUCUUUUUUUUUUUUGCUACAAAGAGAAACGACACUAAGAUACAGAAAAAAUAUCUGCAUUCCACUCUGUGAUCUUAAUGUCGCCUUGAUUCAUUUUAAUCAGAUCAGAUCUGAUCAGUAUAAACUUUUUUUAUUUACGUUUUUUCAUUUUAAUAAAACUAUCUUCAUUUUGUGUAUUUCUGACAAACUUUUACUUCAGACAUACUUCGUAGAUUAGAUUGUUCAAAGAAAAUUCGUCAAGUUUUAUCAAUAAUCACAAAUCACGUAUGUUCAUGCAGAGAAGACUGUUUCUGACACGAAACAUCGGUAUGGCAUUCAACAUGGACAGAACUUUAAUAAUCACAAAUAUCAAAGUGAUGUCAUUUGCAACUCUGUAUGUUUCCUUUGUCCAGGACAGUUUCCUGGAUAUUUCUUACGAUGAAUGUCACGCUUGAUCAAAGCAUGUAUCGGUAGUUGGGUAAAAGAAGCUUUCAUUUCAUUCAUUAAUUGGAAAUUCUGCGGACGGAAGUGGUAUUUACUUCCUUCUUUAGAUGAAUUAACUUAAGGGGAAGAGGCAGCUGACUUUUACGUUGGUGUUUUUAACGUGAUAUUAAACAAUUUAUUUCAUUUAUGGAUAUCUGGUCUAAAAAGUACCAUUUCAAAAGUGACAUAAUGUAAUGAAAUAUAUCAAUUUGCAGGAACUUAUUUUUAGUAAGUUAUAAAUGAUACUUUUAACAUUUUUCGGUAACGGAUAUACAAUGUAAAUGAGAAUGCCAAUGAAUAAUUAGUGAAUUAUUAGUGGUUUAUUUACUUCAAUGGAAACUUGAACAAAGUAAGGCACAAUGCAACUAUUACGAGUAAGCUGUAGGCUGAAGGUGAUGAGCAUUUUUUAUCUCGUGCAUUGAGCUGUAACUAGUUCCCUACGCAUGUAGCAGUGAACAGUCCACUUCCGUACGUUGUUGUGAACACAUAUAUAUACACAACAUGGAAAGACGAUUUGCAACCCAUGCGAUAUUCCUAUUUCUGUUUCUAAAAGAAUCCCAGCAAGGUUCAAAUGAGAAAAGACUGUUACACGAUCUAUUUGAAGAGCGAUAUUACAGCCCACUAGAGCGCCCAGUAGAAAACGAGUCGAUGCCAAUACGAGUAAAUUUUACUCUGGUUCUGCAGCAGAUCAUUGAUGUGGACGAGAAGAAUCAAAUUAUUCAUACGAAUAUUUGGCUGCAAAUGAAAUGGAAGGCUGUCAACCUUAUGUGGGACCCAUAUGAGUACGGUGGGAUAGAGGCUAUACCGGUGCCUGCAAAGCUAAUUUGGACACCAGACAUUCUGUUGUAUAACAGUGCUGAUGACAAGUUUGAUGGUACUUACCACAGCAAUGUUGUCGUGAAGUCAGACGGUUCUUGUUUAUGGGUGCCUCCCGGUAUGCUCAGGAGUACCUGUUCAAUUGACAUAACCUGGUUCCCAUUCGAUGAUCAGCACUGUGAUCUAAAGUUUGGUUCCUGGACGUAUGACGGUAGAAUGCUCGAUCUACAAAUGGAUGAUCCAGAAGGUGGCUCCAUUUUAGAGUUCAGACGUAAUGGUGAAUGGGAGCUAAUUGGCGUACCAGGACACCGUCACGUACAGGAUUAUGACUGUUGUCCCGAGUUCUACAUUGACCUUGUGUACACCAUACACAUCCGCCGACGGACUUUGUACUACGGCUUCAAUAUCAUCAUCCCAUGUCUGCUUAUAUCAUCCAUGUCUUUGUUACUGUUUCUGCUGCCACCCGACGCCGGCGAAAAAAUAUCACUAGGUGUUACUAUCUUACUCUCACUGAUGGUAUUUCUGUUACUUGUAGCGGAGACUAUGCCACCAACGUCCGAUGCUUUACCACUUAUAGGUAUAUACUUUUGCUGCAUAAUGGUAAUGACGUCACUGUCAGUGUUGUUUACAGUGGUCGUGUUAAAUUUCCAUUACCGAGGGCCUGAAACACACUUGAUGCCUUCAUGGGUCAAAUUUGGAAUAAACGUAGUGCUUGCAAAAGCUCUGUGCAUGUCUCGACCGACAACAGAAAAACGGCGACAAAGUAUUAUACAGAGGCAUCGGCUUGGAGAUGUUCAGAUGCAUGAAAGAACAACAACUCAUUCCUUGUUGCCAAAUCUGCUGGAAUCAGAAGAGGAGUACCGCGCAUGCGCAGAAAAUGGCGUCUGCGGAUUGCACAGUUUGGGCGCAUCUGAUUGGAUACGCCAAACGCAGGCGCAUGAGUGUAAUGUAACACAGCAAAAUGAGGAAGAAAUUGACCAAACAAAGCAUUAUAAUGAAAAGACAGAUUUCGGUAGACCAAAUCUUGUAGCGAUUCUUGUUGAACUUAAGAAAAUUACCUCGAAAUUAAAACAAGACGAAGAAGAUACUAAUAUUAAAAAUGAAUGGAAAUUUGCAGCGAUAGUUAUUGACAGGUUAUGUUUGUGGAUUUGUUUAGCUGCGACGCUCAUUUCGACGAUCGCCAUACUAAGUUCAGCGCCUCAUUUGGUCGCUUAAUAUUAAGUAUUACAAUGACUGUACUUUGCAGUUCACUUUGAAAUGUCAAAAGAACGGCUGCUCGAAUCACAAAUUACGGUGCAGAAAUAUAGAAAAGUGUUAGCAUCGUGAGGUGACGGCUCAGUUGGAAAGACUGAAUUACAUGUUUACGAAAGUUUUAUUGCAAUAUAAAAAGGCGUCAAAAUUUCAUGAGCAGUGUGACAUGUAAUGAUGGCCGGCAUACACAAGUUCUGCUAGAAGGACAACUAUCAUUGUUCCCUUCAUGCUAAUACCCGAAAAUGCAAUGGGUUUCUUGAACAAUACACGUCGGAUUAACGAGAAGCUCUGGGCACUAUAAGAAGUUGUUUGCCAACUUGGUCCAUGAUUGAAAUAUGGUAUCAGAGAUUAUAAAGUUAAAUAAUUUGGCACUUUUUCAAAUAUAUAUAUUAAUAAUUGUAUAUAUAAAUAUAUAAUUGUACAUUAAGACUACAUGUGCAUAUAAAAGUGUAAAAUUAUGUAACAAGGUGCACUGAAAAGCCUGAAUCGGUAUUAACGAUUUCAUCACUUUGCGGGUGCUACACAAGUUUUAGGGUGAUUGUACAGUUCUGCAAUUCGCAGACGUGUCUAGGUACGACACUUUCAUCAAAUUAUCAGAUCUUGCUUUUUGUCUCGUUAUUUGUAAAGUUUACCCCUGUAAAUAAAAUGAUAGUUUAUGUAGAAUAUCCGUCGUCGUUUGAAAACAGAGGGUUAUUAAUUCGAGUCUGGCCCAAGCAUAAGGGUAAGUGAGUCGAGUCUAAACCAUCACACGGAUUUGUACUUGAAUUAGCCAGACAGUAUCUCCGAGCAGGUAUUACAAAUUGACCGUUUUCAAUGCAGUUAAUACAACUAUUAAUCAAACUCAAGCGAAUAUCUGCAAUAUUUGUCUCGAGUCUGAGACGACAGUUUUUAUUGUAAAACAAAAACGGUAAAAAAGUCUUUUCUCGUUGGCAACUAUUCAUAAAGUAUGAAUGCCACAGCUUCAACUUGAUUUAACAAACGAAUGUUACUGACAUCUUGAAAACAAACAAUAUCAGACAAAUUAAUUACAGCCGUUGCUUCAACGUCAGCUAUACCCACAGACGCAGCGGCAUGUUAUUGCUGCGCUCAUUAUUUCUGAAUGACUGCUUUGAUCAGAGCUUUGAGAAUUUGUCGGUUUCUUGGUUUUGAACUGAUUUUUAAGUUUUCAGAUCGAUUUAAAAAUCGUUCCGAAAAAAAUGGAGAAAAAGUGUAUAAGUCAGUAUGAAAUCCCAAUACACGGCCACCUGCAAAACAAGAUGUUAAUGAUCGCAGCCUCAUCAUCAACGUUCUGAUCGUCUCCUUGGCAAUCGGUCCGUUAUUAGCACGUGUUGCUGAAGUAUUCGCUUGGUACUUCCUUUAAUGUUUGAAGCAAACUGAGUACAAUUUAAAAACUUUUGACUUGGGUCAACUUCUUUUUGAUUUAGACCAUUUGCCGACGCUUCAGCAAAUAAUUAAUGUUUAAAGAUCCGCCACAACCUAGUGACGUACUUUUUCCUCCCAGUGACAUGAACUUCAU